GUUCAAGGCAAUAUCCAUAUUCCGUAUGGGAAUGAAAAUUUUCUAAUAUCCAAACAAACAGCUUCUUCAAAAGAACGAACCCCGCGAAGAACGGUUUUGUAAGGUUUUAGGGUUCGUUUCGAGCUUGAAGACAGUGACAGCCAACGAACAAUUAGGGUUUUAAAAUGGCUUCCCGUUGUCAGUUUUGGCUUCCGAAGAAGAACAGAUUCUGUGCAGUUGCUCCCAUUAACGAUUCUAAAUUUUGUGGCAAUCACAGCUCCAGAGCUGAUGGAGAAAUGGUUCCAUGUCCUGUAGACCCCUCUCACCUUUAUGUUCUCUAUAUUCACUUCUCUAGCUUUGUGCUUCGAGAAAAUCUUGAAGGGCAUGUAAAGAGGUGUCCAUUAUUGAAACAAACUCAAUCCUUAGCUGUCCAACCGUUCUAUCAAAAGGGCAUCAAUGCUGGGGAAGAGGAUUUGUUGUCGUCGGAAGAAUCGGAUUCGGGUUUAUCAGAUUGCAUUUCCUCUGAAAUGAAGAGGAAUAUCGUUUAUGGUAUGUCUGGACCCCAAUUUCAUCGCCUUCUUGGAAAGAUUAGAGCUCUUCAUGAUCUGAUAUGCAAGGAUAUUCAAGACUCUUAUAAAAUAAAGGAAGCUUGCAAUAUGUGGAUUAAAGGGGAAAUAGAUAGGAAAAUUCCAUUUCAAGAGAAACAUGUUCUGCAGCAGGCUUCAAUUCUCGGAAACAUGGAGGAAUUUGGAAUGCUGAGGAAUUAUGAUGGAGGUGAACAAUGUGAGGGUGAGCGAUCAGAUGGCAAUAAAGCUAAUGUCGUCCCCGCUGUGGUUGAGUUUGGAGCAGGAAGAGGCUACUUAACUCAAAUGCUUGCCGAUUGUUAUGGUAUCAAAAGGGUGUUUCUAGUUGAGAGGAAAUCGUACAAACUGAAGGCUGAUCGAUCACUGCGACAGAAAGAGAGCUUAAUUUUAGAGCGUUUGAGAAUUGACAUUGAAGAUCUAAACUUGAAUGCUGUUGAAGCUCUGAGGCAUAAUUCUUACUUAGCAAUUGGUAAACAUCUCUGCGGGCCUGCAACAGAUUUGGCUCUGAGAUGUUGCCUUACCAAACAAUCUUAUCUUGCUGAUACCGAACAGUGCAGAGAUAAGCCAAAGUUGAGUGGUUUGGCGAUAGCAACAUGUUGUCAUCACCUUUGUCAAUGGAAGCAUUACACAAAUAAGAGGUAUUUAUUAGAACUGGGAAUCACAAAAGAAGAAUUUCUUGCUAUUACAUGGUUCACUAGUUGGGCAGUGGAUGCUAGUCACAGUGAAGAUAUUUCAGACGUUUCUGACUCGAAAACAUAUCUUCAAUAUAGUGAAAAUGAAGGCGAUCAAAUGAAUGGAAGCACGGUAGACGACAUUGUAAAAGAUAUGAAUACAGUGGAAAGGGCAGUCCUGGGAUUUAUGUGCAAGGAGAUUAUUGAUAUGGGAAGACUAAUGUGGCUGAAGGAAUAUGGGUUGGAAAGUCAGCUUGUUAAGUAUGUCCCAUCUACCAUUUCCCCUGAAAACCAUUUACUGAUUGCUAAAUGCAGAAAUUUUUGUGCUACUUAGAUGCUGUAUAAUUGAAAUUUUAAUGGUUUAUUGUGAUGAGAAUAAGUGGAUUAACAUUUA